AGAUGAAGUUCUCCGUGGGUUUGCUAGUGCUCUUCCUGAGUGCCGCUCUUGUGGCCGCCGAUCAGGAUUAUGAGGGCUACCGCAUUUAUGAGGUGGUUCCUUCGACUGCCGACCAGGCUAAAUUGCUGCACCAGCUCAGUCUGGAGGGAUUUGAUUUCGUCAGCGAGAGUCGUCUGCUGGGACAUCCCUCCCGGGUGAUUGUGAGUCCCGAUCAGCUGGAGCAGUUCGAGCAGUUGGUUGAGGGAGAGCAGAUGACCAACACUCUGGUGAACCCCAACCUGGGAGCUUCCAUUGCCGAGGAGUUUGCCCAGCGGCAGAUGCAGCGCCUUUUGUCUCCCAUCACCGGCAAGGGUCGCCUGAGCACGGAGCGCUAUUACACCCACGAGGAGAUCAUCAACUAUAUCGAUGACCUGGCCAAGCGUUUCCCCAGUCGAGUCUACGUUAGGACCGUGGGCUGGUCCUACGAGAAGCGAGUUCUCAAGACCAUCACCGUCACCAACGGCGAUGGCAAGGCCGGCAAGAAGCUGAUUUUCCUGGAUGGCGGUUUCCAUGCCAGGGAAUGGAUUUCUCCAGCGGCGGUUCUGUACGUCAUUGACCAGUUGGUGGAACAGUUCGAGGAGAAUGCCUAUCUGCUGAAGGACUACGACUGGGUUAUCCUCCCCCUGGUCAAUGCCGAUGGCUAUGAGCACACCCAGACCGGAACCUUAGCCCGCAUGUGGCGCAAGACCCGCCAGCCAUAUAAGUACGGCACACAGACCUGCUACGGAGCGGAUCCCAACCGGAACUUUGACUUCCACUGGAACGAGGAGGGUGCUUCCUCGAACCCCUGUUCGGAUACCUAUGCCGGUCCAACCGCCUUCUCCGAACCGGAAACGAUUGUGGUCCGGGAUCUGAUGCACUCCUUGGCGGACAGGGGUGUUAUGUACCUCACCAUCCACUCCUACGGCAACUAUCUGCUGUAUCCUUGGGGGUGGACUUCCGAUUUGCCCGAAAAAUGGGAAGAUCUGGAUGCAGUAGCCCGCACUGGAGCUGAGGCCAUAAAGAACGCCACUGGAACUGAGUACACCUACGGAUCCUCCACCAAUGUCCUGUACAUCGCCGCUGGAGCCAGUGAUGAUUAUGGUUACUACGCCGGAUUCAAUGUGUCCAUCACCAUGGAACUGCCUGGAGCUGGCAGCAUUGGAUUCAAUCCUCCAGUCACCCGCAUCGAUGAGUUCGUCACCGAAACCUGGAUUGGCAUCCGAGCCAUGGCUGAGAAACUGAUCGAGAUGUAUUGGCGACUCGGAAAGAUGACAGUUUGGUGGCUUUUGCUGGCUCUCGGCUCCCUGGGCUCGUCGGCAGGACUGCAGAAAUCCAAUAAAUACGAAGGUUACAAAAUAUACGAGGUGUCUAGUAGAGCUCGUUCGGUGGCCUUAGAAGAAGCACUUUCCGAGUUGGUCAAGAAUGCAUCCUACUACGAGGUGUUCUCGGACUUCAAGGGAGGUAAUUCAGCCAAGGUCAUGGUGCACCCCGAUGAGCAGAUAAACUUUGUGAAGCUGAUGGAUGAGAAUAAUGUGGACUAUGACAUACUCAACCGGAACGUGGGUCUCACUCUGAGUAGGCAAUUCGAAACGAACCGCAUGUUGCACCAGUGGUUCCCCUACAACGGAAGAUUGGGAACGGAGCGAUACUACACCCACGAUGAGAUCAACCAGUACAUCGAGGAUCUGGCCAAGGAAUUCCCCCGUCGGGUUUUCCUGAAAACGGUUGGCAAGAGCUACGAGGGACGGUGGUUGAAAACCGUCACCAUAACCAAUGGAGAUGCCAGGCGUAAUAAGAAUGUGAUCCUGGUGGACGGUGGCUUCCACGCUCGGGAGUGGAUCUCUCCAGCAUCUGCGAUCUAUCUGAUCUCUCAGCUGGUGGAUAACCCACAGGAAAAUGCCGAUCUGCUGCAGGACUUCGAUUGGGUCAUCCUUCCUGUGGUCAAUCCCGAUGGCUAUGAGUACACCCAACUGUCGGAGGAUACUCGUUUCUGGCGAAAGACCCGAAAACCCAGCAGCUCCGAUUGCAUCGGUACCGAUCCGAACAGGAACUUUGACUUCCACUGGAACGAGACGGGUUCAUCGUGGGAUCCCUGUGAGAAUAUCUAUGCCGGAGAGAAGGCUUUCUCAGAGCCGGAGGCCCUGGUGGUGGGCGAUCUCAUCCAUAGCUAUGUGGAUAGGGGGAAAAUGUACUUGACAUUGCACUCCUAUGGCUCACUAAUUCUGUACCCUUGGGGAUGGACGGAAGGCGUUCCCGAUACCGUUGACGACCUACAUGAGGUAGCUGAAGAAGGUCGAAAUGCUAUUCUGCAGACCACAGGCACUGAAUAUACUGUUGGACCUUCUACGACCACUAUAAAGUAUGCUGCUGCUGGGGCUAGUGACGAUUACGCCUUCAAUGCUGGCUUCCCGAUUUCCUUCACCAUGGAACUGCCUGAGGGUGGUACUGGAUUUAAUCCCCCAGCCUCGGAUAUAGAUCACUUAGUUAAGGAGACCUGGGUGGGCAUUGCGGCAAUGGCCCGGAAAGUAAUUGAAAAGUAUCCUCUGGCCCAAUCGUGAAAUUCAGUUUAUGACUUGCUCGACCACUAACGCAUAACUCAGAGUAUUUUCAAGAUAACUUUUCUGUUCAUAAUUUCAAUUAAAGUGUUACGAAACUGUACAUAGUUAUGGGUAUGUUUUGAGAAAUAAAUAAAACAUGGUUUAAGUCUAAUUUGAGUUAUAAUACUAAAAUGUAGGUAUCCAGAAAAAGUGUUAACAUUAAAUUAAAUGAUUGCAAUAAACGA